GCAGCCAAACCUGCAGCCAGAGCUGCUCAGGCACUGGCCAUUAUCAGCUGGUAGACCAGGGUUGUCACAGGUGUUUGAGAGCAGAUAGGAUGCAUCUUCAGGAGGAUCUUUGUGACCACAGUUCCCUGUCAGUCCCACUCAGGGCUUUGCGGGCUGUGAUAGAGCUGAUGAGAGUGAGAGCUGCUUUGUGUUGCUGGUGUUUUCAGCCUCUUUCAGGGGCAGGAGAGAAAGGCAGGGGUGUUCCCCAUGGAGGGCGAUGAAGGAGAGUCUUCAUCACCUCCUUUAGGAAGUUCUGGAGCAUCCCUGUUAGAUGAGGAAAGGGCAGAGUAACACAGAGACAGAGAUUUUUUUUUUUUUUAAUUAACUCCAAUGAGCCAGGAAGAUUUGAACAGAGCAGCUGCCCCUGAUAUGGGAGAUGGAGUCCAGGGUGGCACUAUAUGAGAGCUGAGAGGCACUGAAUUCAGCACAGUGAGUAAAACCCACCAGCAGCACCUCACCAAGGUGAGGACCGACUCUUUCCUCCACUUGGUGCAGCAAGGGCAGGAGAAGGAGUGGGUAGAAGGGGCACCAGCUCUGGGUAACCAGAUGCCUGCUGCGGGUGUGGGGACCGGCUGCUGGAGCACUCCUAGGAGCCGGGCUGGCUGACAGGCAGAGGCAGUCAGCAUCGCCAGCAGAGAGCAGGGAUUUGGCAUCAGCUCAGCUGGGAGGUUAUUUUUUAUUUUUUUUCCCCCUCCAGGACAGCUGAUUCCAUCUAUUUUUAAUGAGCUUGCCCAGGUUGCGCAGUGAGGAGACAGAGCAGCGCCAGCAGCCAUAGACUGCGCUGGGGCAGCGGGCACCUGGCGCUCGUCCUCUCCUCACUACGGGCUAAGGACUGCCUCAGGGUGGGAGCGUGCCCCCCGGGGAAGGGUCCUCCUCAAUGCAGCUGCCCCUGAGCAUGGAGUCGAGCACGGAGGAGGAGAGCUGGCUGGAAGACCACUGGGAGAAAUGGCUUACCCACGACAUCAGCCUUGAGGAGUUUGAGGAUGAAGACCUCUCUGAGAUCACUGAUGAGUGUGGCAUCAGCCUGCACUGCAAGGACAGCUUGGCCACCCGGGGAGAGGCUGGUGCUGGAGGAGAACUCUGUGAUCUGCCAGGUCUGUUAGGACAGGGGCUGCAACCGUUCCCUGGAAUGAGGGGCCGCGUGAGCCGGUCGGGCGGCGCGGCGCGGGCUGCGGGCGGCGGGGAGGGAGGCCGACUGCAGGCCGAGAUGCUGCAGCUCGACCUGAUCGACGCCGCCGGGGACGCGCCGGCCGAGGAGCAGACGGCGCCCGCGCCCCUGCAAAAGGAGCCGCCGCCCGCCAGCACCGACAGCUACCGGCCCAAGCGCCCCACCACGCUCAACCUCUUCCCGCAGGUGCCUCGCAGCCAGGGACCCCGAGGAGCCGGUGGCACGUGGGAGCCACAUCCAGCUGGGGGGACGGGGACAGCAAAGGCCCCCCCCGGGCAGCUGGUCCCAACCAGCGUCCAGACCUGCGGAGAGGACACCCUGAAUAACAACUCUCUGGGGAAAAAGCACAGUUGGCAAGAGCGGGUGUCCCGGUCAUCGUCCCCUCUGAAGACGGGUGAGCAGACCCCUCCCCAUGACCACGUUUGCCUGAGUGAUGAGGUCAAUCACCAGAACAGCACAACCUCCACCAAAGACCGGGGCACAUCCACAGAAAGCCCGUGCCGGCGCACGGCAGCCACUCAGAUGGCACCUGCCUGUGUUGCCUCAUCCCGGCCCCCCGAGAAGCACCAGGCUGCCAGCCGACCCCCACCCCACGGUGCCAGCGUGGUGGUGGUGACGUCGAGGGCCCCCGAGGCCCACCGGGACCGCAUCCGCUACCAGACAGACGUGAGGCUGGAGGCCACUGAGGAGAUCUACUUGACACCCGUGCAGAAGAACUCGGACCCGCUGGAGACCGAAAAGCCGUUCUUGUCACAGUCCAGUGAGAACCGCAUGUCUAUCAGCUCUGACAUCGACACCUCCAGCUACUCAGCCCUGGCUGGGAAAACCAACCCCUCCAUCAGUGAGGAGGAUGAGGUGCUGGACUACAUGUCCUCUCCUGACAAGACGAGCCUGCCCCGGGCUUCCUGCGGUGGUGGGAGCAGUGGCUACCGGCCAGGCCAUGGCCUUCAGAGAGCAUCCGUCAGCUCGGACACCAGCGCCCUCUCCUACGACUCGGUCAAGUACACGCUGGUGGUGGAUGAGAACGUGCAGCUGGAGCUGGUCAGCCUCAAGCAGUGCUACUCGGGCUACAGUGACGAGAGUGACUCGGCUACCGUCUAUGACAACUGCGUCUCCUCACCCUAUGAGUCAGCCAUCGGCGAGGAGUAUGAGGAGGAUGCUCUGAAGCGCAACUCGGUCUGCCUCUCAGAGGACUCCACCCCUGAGGCAGACAUCCACUUCUCCAAGAAGUUCCUCAACGUCUUCAUGAGUGGCCGGGCACGCUCCUCCAGUGCUGAGUCCUUUGGGUUGUUCUCUUGCAUGAUCAAUGGUGAGGAGCAGGAACAGACCCACCGUGCUGUUUUCAGGUUUGUGCCUCGCCACGCGGACGAGCUGGAGCUGGAGGUGGAUGACCCUUUGCUGGUGGAGGUGCAGGCAGAAGAUUAUUGGUACGAGGCCUACAACAUGCGGACAGGGGAUCGGGGCAUUUUUCCUGCCUACUACGCUAUCGAAGUCACCAAAGACCCAGACCAUAUAACAGCUCUGGCCAAGAGCAACGACUGGGUGGACCAGUUUCGAGUGAAGUUCCUCGGCUCGGUGCAGGUUCCCUAUCACAAAGGCAAUGAUGUACUGUGCGCGGCCAUGCAGAAGAUUGCCACCACGCGCCGCCUCACUGUGCACUUUAACCCACCCUCCAGCUGUGUUUUGGAGAUCAGCGUGCGUGGGGUCAAGAUAGCUGUGAAAGCUGAUGACUCCAAGGAGCACAGCAAGGUAAACAAGUGUAGCCAUUUUUUCCAGCUGAAGAACAUUUCCUUUUGUGGAUACCAUCCAAAGAACAACAAAUAUUUUGGGUUCAUUACCAAGCAUCCUGCUGACCACAGAUUUGCCUGCCACGUCUUUGUCUCAGAGGAGUCCACGAAGCCUCUGGCGGAGUCUGUAGGGAGGGCUUUUCAGCAAUUCUACAAGGAGUAUGUGGAGUACACGUGCCCCACGGAAGACAUCUACCUGGAGUAGGGGCUGGCAUAGGCACCUGCUGCACAGCCAGGGCUGCAGUCUCGCCUCUUCUGCGUCGUGCAUGGACAAGAGCUGCUUUGAGAUUGGAAGAGGGCCCUGAGAGCUGUUCCCUGGACCCUGUGCUGCCUCUUUUCAUGGCUCCCCUUCCUCAGGCUGGGGGUGAUGGGAGGGGGGAGGGCUGGACAAAUCGUGUUUAUCGUACAAAAUACUUAGUUUAUUCUAUUUGAGAAGUGCCCACUGGCUGCCCAGUCUGUGAUUGCUGGAGGGGUUGGCAUUCUCCAGCCCUUCAAUGAUGCAAGCUGGGGUGAAAACAUCUCCUCGCUGUGACCAUGGCUCAGUUUCCCGUCACAUCCCUCAGGGGUGACUUCUAAUGCACUGGUGGAGUCAGACUCUUGCAGGAUGAAGACACAGAAGCUACAGCCAACAAGAACUGUAUGAUGGCUCCUGCCAGGGCAGAGACCAUCAUUUCUCUGCCUGGCCCCGGGGACGAGGCUGCUGGACAGGAAGGAUAGAGCCCAGCAUCUCCUCUUUGACUGCCAGAGAAAGGAUGAAUGAGCUGAGACAGCUCACCCCUGCCUCUGCCCCCAUCCCUCCUCUCUUGUAUCCAUGCCCUGGGGAAAGGAAGAUUUCCUCCUACCUCUCUGCAGUGACCACACCAUGGGGAAGGGAGCAUUUCUCUGUCCUUGUCCCCCUCUAUCCCCUCCAGCUGCAGGUGGCAGAGGCAGGACAGGGCUGAGCUUCCCUACUGCGGUGGUUCUCAGCCCUGUGCAGACUGGGGUGCCUGCCAGAGCAGGGAAGGGCUAAUGCCUGCAGGGAGCCGUACACAUCUCCAGGGAGAUACAAAAGCUCUCCUGCUCCCUGCCAGCGGUCUCUGUGCUUCAGCUGGAUCUGCUGUGAUGGCAACUAUUAAAUAUGAUGGUUCAUGGA